AUGAAUGACAAUAUUAUCAGCAAUACCCUUUAUUUUCUAUAAAAGUGUUAGCUUCUUCUAGGCCAAAUGGAUGGUCAACAAGAAUGGAUCAACGAGAUAAAUGAGUUAUAGAAGGAAUUAGAGCUCCACAAGGUCAAUCACCCUCUUUUUGAGAAGUGUUUGACUUUCAUCACUGACAAAAUUAUACACCCAUUUUUGUAGGACCUUGACACUCUCUUCAGUUGUCGAGAUGUCGUUAGGGAAAUGAAAAAAUAUGAAUUGAAUUUUAACUAUGUUAUCAAGAGACUCUCAUUGGUAAUAUUCAAAUUUAUAGUUUAGAUAAGAGAGUUUAUACCAAAUGUGGUGAAGGUACCGUUGGAUGACUUAUUCUGUAAACCUUAAACUGACGAGGAAUGGAUUUAAUUAAACAGAUUUAUAGAAUAUGUUAAUGUAUAAUAUAAAUUUAAAAUAAGUUAGAUGAUCCAUUAUCCUUGUCUAAACAAUUCGAUUAGUUCUAUGAUUAUAUUGCUUUGGGAGCAGCCUAUUGUACUUUGGGAUCGAAGUAUUCAAACCCAUUGAUAAGUUUGAUUGUUUAAAAUGUUGGAGGGGCAAUGAUGUUGGUUAAGAAAUAGACAGCUAGAAAUAUCAAGAUUAAAGAGAUCACAAAUCCAUCACUCUCAUUUGUCAAGGGAUUGUGGAGUAUCCAGAACAAUUCAGCAUUUUUCAAGAAUUUCAUGAAACUGACAAAUUGUAAGGUUAAAUCACACUUGAAAAUUCAUAUUCCCUUCUUAUUUGAAGAACAACAAUUUAAAUAUCAUCAUGAUAAUAAUACUUAUGUUUUGGAGAAAUUUAAGGGCUUUAAAAUGGUAGAUGAUCUAUUUAAUAAACUUCAAUCUAAGGAAUUAUUAAUGAAAUCAAAAUCAUAAAAAAUUAAAGUUAGAAUUAUUUCAGCAAAUAAGGUGAAUUUAAACAACAAUGUGGAUUAUUCCUUAAUAGUAUAGAAAGUUGGCGAAAUCAGUUCAGAACAUCAUUAAAUAAGUUAGCUACUUUAAUAGAACAAUAAGAACGCACAAGUAAAAAAAGUAGUUUUACACAUACAUGGUGGAGGAUGGGUGGCCAUGUCUUCAUUCAGUCAUCAAUCUUAUACUAGGAAGUGGGCUAAUUACUUAGGAGACAAUGCUAUAGUAUUCUCUAUAGAUUAUAGACUCUCACCUGAAUAUAGAUACCCUUAUGCAUUAGAAGAUGUUUGGCAAUUAUAUUUAUGGAUCAUCAAUUUCAGUCAAUUCUACUUAAAUAUCACAGUAGAAUAAAUAGUUUUAGCAGGAGAUUCUGCUGGUGGCAAUAUGGCAUUGGGAGUUUGCUUUAGGGCUAUAAAAUAUGGUGUUAGAAUUCCUGAUGGAUUAUUGAUGGCCUACCCUGCAGUCAAUUUAGAUUUAACUAAAUUCAACCCUUAUUUAUUAUAGGGAUUGAUUGAUUAAGUGGCACCGGCGACAGUUUUAAAAUUAGCUCUGCAUGAGUACUUGAAGGACACAAAUGGCAAACCAAAUGUUGAUCCAUACUUAAGUCCAUUGAUAGCAGAUGAUUCAUUUUUAUAAUAGUAAUUACAAUUUUAAAUUUUGUAGCUUACCUAAAAUGACAAUCAUGUGUGGUUAAUUAGAUAGUCUGACGGGGGAUACUAUAAAAUUUGUUAACAGAUUAAGAAAGUUAAAUAAAUAAUUUAUAAUGCUCAUUUAUAAUGGGAUUAAUCAUGGAUUUCUAAAUUUUGAAGUGCCUAUUUUUGCAGUGCCUGCCAUAAAACCAAUAAUAGAAAGUAGCUGUGAUUUAUUGAAGCAGUUAUUUAAUUAAUGA